AAUGUAGAGUCUUGAUUGGUGUUCCGCAUUUUGGAGCAUUUACUUGAAAUAUUUCUGCCAGGUUAAAUGUUUACAUAAAUCUAUCUUGUGACAUGUUGUCACAUUGUUUGUGACAACCAUCUCAACUGGUUGUUUUCAGCGAUGGAGCCUAUUAGGUGCUCUGUCGAAUCGUGGGCACAGUUCGGUUUGUCUAACAGGGCCAACGUGAAACUACUUUUGGCUGGGACAGAAGUUCUCCUUUGCACUGGAGGCGACGUACUCGUAUUCAGUAGCAAGAAUAAGAGACUGUCUGCUGUUCUUCAGUUCGACACACCUGUUACACACCUUGCACUUAGUGAACGACGUCAUAUUUAUGCUGCCUGUGAGAAAGAUGGCAUCUACUGUGUCAGUUCACCACACCAGCCCAGGCUUCCCUCUCCUUUGGCUGUUGAGGAUCAAAAUCCCAUAAUACAGAGAGUGGCAGGGGAAUCCAUCCUGCUCAAGGAUGAGACGAUCGUCUCUUUCCUUCUGGCUGGGGACCUCAUCAUUACCGUCUCUCAGGGGGAGGCCAUGUGGACAUUGAGUCUGUACAAAGUUUCAGAGGGAUCCUCCUCGAAAGCCUCCAACCUUCGGAAACUGGCAGAGCAUCGCGUGCCAGCCAUUAAGGCGGCACAACCUCAUCACAAGUCUGUAGAAGAUGAAGAUGGAGGAGCCACCAUCGGACGCCCCGUGUUGAGUUGCAUCUAUCCCAGUGGAGGCUCCUCGUCCCCCAGUGAACUUUCUGGGUCUCCUGGCUGUUUCCUCUUGGAGCCAGCCCUCUUUACCCUCCUGUUUGGGGUGGAUGCUGCCCUCGUCGGCUCCCCUGUGGUCCUCUGUGGCCUGCCAGACGGGCGCCUGUGCUACCUGCCCCUGCUGGUGCCUGGGGUAUCCUCAUCCGGGCAGAGGACGGCACUGAGAGUCCUGCACAGCUUGGAGCAGCCAGUCGCGUUCAUCGGAACCUCGGUUGCCAUGGAAACGGGAGGGCGCGUCCCAAGAAGCCUGGUUGCGAUUGGGCGGCUGGGGAGAGUGCUGCUGCUGACGGCCAAUGAUGGAGGCGGUGAAGGGAAGGUGGCACGGUUCAGCGAGUUCAGCAUUCGGGGCCCGGUGGUGUGUGCGUGUGUGAACGGCAGCCAUGUCUACUACAGCACUGCCACUGACCUGCUAUCUCUGAAGCUGAACGUAACGUCCUCAUCAGAUCAACCAGGACAACCAGAGUCCCCCUCUCCUACCCCCGUUAGCCUAAAUGUUUGCAGAGUUAUCGCCAUGACAACGACCUCAAGCGACCCCACAGGGGGCGCUGUUGAGCUGCUGGCGCUCUCUCUCCAAGGGAGGCUCCAGAAGAUCCGACUCCCCCAGGAGGUCGAUGUAGGCAGCGUUCCCAGGCUACCCGCCUCUCUGGCAGGCCAGAGGGUGAAGGACCUCCUGGCGGGGAUUGGGAAUGUCUGGGAAAGGGCAUCUGCACUUAAAAGCAUCGUCCAGAACAAGAAUGACAGCCUGAGGCGUCUCAACCAAGCCCUUAAUAUUUGCAGCAUGAUGCUGUCCAAUCAGAAAGUAGAGGACCAGGCACGUGACCAUCAGCAGCCAAUCAGCUGUCGCGGUGUCACCAGCUGGAGCUGUGUGUUGCAGGAAGACUCCCUAAUGCUAACAUGCACGUUGGAGAACAGCGGUGCCUUCGCUCUAGAACAUGGGUGGUCUCUUUGUGUUCAUGUCUACCCCGUGUCCGGUUCCCUGACCACUGGAAGAGCGAACCAUUCUAGAACUUACACCUUCCCGUUCCAGAAGCUGGACUCGGGGCAUAAGCUUAACGUGACGUUACCUCUUGGAACCGGCCAUUCUCUUUCUCUCCCUUUGACCGUGGACUGUUCACUCAUAUUCUCCCUGCGUUCUCUUGGUUCUCUAGAGGAACCAAAGCUGUCGGAGAACACUGGUAGUCAGUCUUCAUCGGUACCUACCCAGCACUCAAACUGCAUCUGCCUGCCGCUGAACCACACUAGCUGUAGACCUGCUGGACGCUGUCCCCUUGAUGCCACCACGUCACUCAGCAGCGUCUCCAAGCAACCCUCGUCCCCACCUGACCCCGUCCACGCAUUCCUCAGCUCCCGAAGGGCAGAGCGGGGUGACCCGGCAGACCCAGGUCAAAGGUCAACGCCAUAUUCUGCGACAGUGAAAGUGUCUGCGGAGCUCCUGAGAGGCGUAAUCGGAGCUCCAGGGGCAGGAGGAGGGGGGGCAGGGGUCCACGGGGUGAGUGUGUCCGCUCUGAGGUGGCUGCUGAGUGGGUCCGCUGGCAGUGACAGGCUGGAGGCUCUGCAGACACCCACAGUGACAGGGCUCUGUCCCACAGGAUACACGGCCAGGAUGACCGUCAAAGAGGUGACACUGAGUGACGCGUCUGUAGAUGGGGCAUUAAGUGCCCUGGAGGUACAGAUUGACAGCUUCUCCGUGGCAACAGUGUGUGGACUUCACUAUGCAGUGAUCCGACGCAUCCAGCAUCUUCUGACCAGCAGUACGAGAGGCCAGGAGUCACGCGUGCAGCUGAGAGAGGAGAGCUUGAGACAGGCCAUGCAGCGUGCCGAGACGCUGCACAAGGCCCUUCAAGCGGCUCUGGUCCCCACGGCUCUAGGGGUCAGCCCCAACAGCAGCAGGACCAGCCACAGACUGCUCAGCAUCUACCAGCAGCUACGUGAAAACCCCCUGCUCAUCCUCUGACCAGCAGCGACACACGCACACACACACGCACACACACACACACACACACACACACACACGGACGGAUAGGCCGCAUUAACAUGCCAGGCGGUCUGAUGGUUUCAUACUCAUUGCUUUCCUGGAUUGCAUUAAAACUCAUCAUGCCUUGCGUCUCGGAGACUUGCAUGGGAAGAAGGAAGUCCUGAACAGGCUUCUUCCAGUAUAUAUACUUCCCAGUUAUCAAGGGAAUGGUUACUGUUAUGUAGGUGUAAUAUUUGUCCAUGUAAGCAGUAGUUGGGGUAAAUAUUUACUGUUCUGAGCACCCACAUAGUUCACCAAGUGGUCUGGGAUUCCCUCCAAAAAUUCUAGAGCUUGCUUUGUCUGUGUUGUGUUCCUUAGCUGCCAUGGAAACGGUACCCAAGUUAUCCAUUGUCCCCCUCUAUUGUUCUGCGUAUGCUAUGGCAGAACUGUUCCUAAUUUAGCAAACUGACCCACUGACCACACAGUGUAAAUGUAAGUAUAAGUGAUUUGCAGUUGAUCUAUGGUUACUGCAAAAUGGUUCAGAUUGAGGUGGCUUUCAGGGCAUGCUGCACAUAGUAUUAGGUGGGUAGACCAGUGGCGUCUGCACUGCAACAAUAUCUCAUGAACUAACUUGUGAAGAAGACUAGAAACGCUAUUUGCCAUGACCUUUGACCUUAAAGGGCCAGAGCACCUUGUUGUCAGACAGUUCUUCAGUAACUACGGUGGGUAGUUAUGCAGUUUUGAACUGUGCUGCACCCAUUUUGAAUCACACCGUCAAAGAAUUUGAAUGAAGUGAAUGUGUAUAGGUGUGUGUCUACAUGCAGCUGUUCGUAGACUUGUAGUCUUUGCUAAUAGCCUGGGUUCACGUUCACGGUUCAGAGCAGUCUGUCACUACCAAUGUCAUGGCCAUGUGUGUUCACAGAGGAUUUUUUUUAUUCUCAUUUCUCUUUGACCAAAUAAAACAAAACAUGUAGUUGGAACAAAACAAAAAAGAAA